AGUCUCUUGUCUUGUCCUGAAAAGGGGGGAUUUCCGUGAGUGAUGUCGGUGAAAUUAGCGGAAUCUGCGUCGACGCUGCUGAUGCUCACGCUCAUGGUGUGUUGGUGGCCGGCACCAGGAGUGGACGGGUCGGAGCUGGACCUCGGUGCCGGGCUGCUGAUCCGCGGCAUUCCGCUGGAGCGCGCCGCCUUGUACGACCCGGCCAAGGACUUCGUGUGUCUGGACCGGUCGGCCAAGGUGCCGUUUGCCUUUGUCAACGACGAUUACUGCGACUGCGCCGACGGAAGCGACGAGCCGGGCACGGCCGCGUGUCCCGACACCACCUUUUUCUGCUCCAAUGCUGGUCACGUCCCGCAGGUCAUCCCUUCGUCCAGAGUUAACGAUGGCAUUUGCGACUGCUGCGACACUUCGGACGAAUACCAGGAGGGCAGCUCGUGCGUCAACACGUGUUCGCUGCUUGGUGAAGCUGCGCGGGAGCAUUACUUGAAGGCCAUGCGCGAGCAUGAGGCGGGAUUCAAGAGCAGGAUGAACCUGGUUGGUGAAGCCAACGCCAAGCGCAAUGAGCUUGAGGCCAAGGUGAAGGAACUGAAGGCCCUGCGGGAGACGGCAGAGCAGGAGAUGCGCGACAGGGAGGCGGCCAAGAAGGAGGUGGAGGCCCGUGAAGCGGCGGCCCUGGCUGUGCACCGGCAGAGAGAAGAAGAGGAGCGUCAGCAGCGUGCGGAGGAGGAGAAGGCCAAGCGGGAGGAGGAAAUGAAGGCUGUGUGGCAGAAGCUGGACGUGGACGUGGAUGGCCUCAUUUCCUUGGCCGAAGUCCAGGCUGAUUUACGCUUGGAUCAAAACAAGGACGGCGUCGUGUCGGUAGAAGAGGCCAGAUUUUUUGUGUUGAACCAAGACUCGAUGACGUGGGAGGACUUUUCACGGACGGGCUGGAUUUUGAUGCGACCGUACGUUUCGGACGGAGCCCGAAAGCCCAUGUUCACGCCACCAGAAGCAGACCAUGACCCAGGUUGGCUCCUCUUUGUGCUUUUCGCUGUGGGCCUGGCCGCCAUCCUGUUUCUCUGCAAACAGCAGGAGGAGGAGGAGGAACAUCAUCAGCAGCAGGAGGAAGAAAAACGAGAACUGGGACAAGGAGAGGACGAGCACGCUGAGGAAGAAAGGGGCGAGUCGGAGGAGGAGGAGAACAAGGCGGAAGAUUUCCAGGAUGACUACGAAGACGAAGUGCCGGACGAUGUGCCGGAGCCGAGUGUCGUUGUCGACCACGGCUACGACGAGGAAACGCAGCUUUUGGUUGACGAGGCCGAGAAGGCCCGGAAAGAGUUCAACGAAGCCGACAGGACGCUGAGGGACCUGGAGCACGAAUUGAACUCCAUCUCGGCCACGCUAGAGAAGGACUUUGGGCCAGAGGAUGCAUUCCUGCCGCUGGAAGGCCAGUGCAUGGAGCACACGGACAGGGAGUACUUGUACAAGAUCUGCUGGUUCGGCCAGGCGACGCAGAAGCCGCGUCACGGCGGCGGCGAGACCAAGUUGGGCUCGUGGAAGGCCUGGGCUGGCCCAGAGUCCAACCCACACGAGAAAAUGAUGUUUGAAAAUGGGCUCGGGUGCUGGAACGGACCCAACCGGUCUGCCCAUGUGCACCUGACUUGCGGCAAGGAGAACAGGAUCGUGUCGGCGUCGGAGCCGAGUCGAUGCAUGUACCACUUUGACGUGGAGACGCCGGCGAUGUGCGCCCAUCCGCCAGCCUUGCCGGAAGCCAGCAGCCAUUUGCAGUGGCAUGAAGAGCUUUGAGACGUUGUUAUGUGAAGACAUCUGUAAAAAAUUCCUCCUGGUUAUUUUUUGAGGGAUACGAUUGUUUUUGCUUCACCGCAUGUCGGUGUUAUAACCGAGGAGGUAUUUUAUUAAGUUUUAAAUCUAGCUGGCUUGUAGGAUGUUGUCCAGCAGCUUCACUGUUGGAAAGGGAUUGUUUAGCACAGCUCAAGACACACAUCAUUCAGAUUAAUGCACAUUUAAGUUGAGACACUUUUUGGAAGAAUAUACAUGGUGUUCAAUGUAAUAGAGCCAAAGGGGAAUUUCGAGGUAAACGGUGGAUUAGUUGAAGCACAAGCAGCAAAUCCUACUCCUUAUUAUUUUCUACUAUCCACAAUGCAACACUUCCAGCCAAACAUUUUUUUUUUGGGGGGGGAGGGUCAAGAAAGUAGAUCAGCGUUCUGGCCCAAGAUUUUUGUGAGAAUGACAUGAAGCAUCUCAGUAGAGGAGGACAAUCAUACCAAUUGGCCGUAACCCUUUGCAAUUUAAUACCCUUCUGGUGGUUGCCAACUGUAGUCUGGAAUACCCCCAGCUAAAAAUAUGCAUGUCAGAAGAUUUGGUUAGCGGCAAAAACAGCAAAACACCAUCUGGGCACGAUUGAAUGAAUUACUGUACCAAUAAUACACCAGAAUAUUAACACACUGGAUGGAUUUGAAGGAUUCCAGCAAUAUGGAAUUCUCCAAUUUUAUGAGGAGAUAAUAUAUUGCUGGAAUAUUCUCUGGUGAUCGCUGAGUGCUCGGAUGAUAGCUGAGAAGUGUCUGAAUGUUGGACAUGCAAUGAAAGCAGUGAGUGUUUGUUUCAGCACGCAGCAA